UGCGGUGGCACCCUGGGUGAUCGGUUUCCGGUCUGUGGUGCAGCACCGGGCUCGUAGAGCCACGUAACGGCCGGGGGUCUGCAGCCAUGGCGGAGAGGAAGGCUAACGGUGGCGGAGCGUCCGUCUCCUCGUCGGGCACUAACUUACUCUUCUCCUCCUCGGCCACGGAGCUCAGCUUCAACGUGCCCUUCAUCCCCGUCACGCAGGCCGCCGCCUCCCCGGCUUCCCUGCUCUUGCCCGGAGAGGACUCCACAGAUGUUGGCGAGGAGGAUAGUUUCCUUGGUCAGACUUCUGUGCACACCUCCACCCCACAGACAUUCAGUUACUUCUCUCAGGGAUCAAGCAAUAGUGACCCUUUUGGGAACAUUGGACAGUCGCCCUCAACAGCUCCCGCAGUGUCGGCCGGACAGUCAGCGUUUUCCAAGCCCCCAGCCACACUCCCUUUUACAACAGGAUCCCAAGAUGUGUUGAAUGCAUUUCCACCGUCUGUUUCCAAGGCUCAUUAUGGUGCUGCACCUUCCUCACAGAUGGGAAUGAAUACCUAUUUGCCUUCUCAGCCGAGUAGUCUCCCUCCAAAUUUUGGGAGCCCUCCCCAAGGGAUUCCUCAACAAGGACAUAACCCAUAUCGCCAUACUCCUGUCAGCAGCAGGGCGAACCCCUAUAUCACACCCCCACAGCUGCAGCCGUGCCAGACGCCAGGCCAUCCCUCCUACCCUCCGCCUUCUGGACCCCCUGUGCAGACGUACCAAAUGCCGCCAGGACCCAUGCCACCGCUCCCUCCAUCAAUGCAGUCACCAGCACAGCAGCAGGUACCUGCCAGACCAGCAGGACCCCAUGUCCAGGGACCAGCUCCUUUUGUACUUCAGAACCAGUAUGAACCUGUUCAGCCUCAUUGGUUUUACUGCAAGGAGGUGGAAUAUAAACAACUAUGGAUGCCUUUUAGUGUGCUUGACUCUUUGAAUCUUGAAGAGAUCUAUAAUUCAGUGCAGCCAGAUCCUGAAAGUGUGGUUCUGGGCACGGAUGGAGGGCGCUAUGAUGUCUACCUCUAUGACCGCAUGAGGAAGUCUGUGUACUGGGAAGAGGAGCCAGCUGAAGUGAGACGCUGUACUUGGUUUUACAAGGGGGACACAGAUAGCAGAUUCAUUCCCUAUACAGAGGAGUUCAGUGAAAAACUAGAGGCCGAGUAUAAAAAAGCUGUCACCACGAAUCAGUGGCACCGCAGAUUAGAGUUUCCAAGUGGAGAGACCAUCGUCAUGCACAACCCAAAGGUUAUUGUCCAGUUCCAGCCUUCUUCAGUGCCAGAUGAGUGGGGGACGACACAAGAUGGACAGACAAGGCCUAGAGUUGUAAAGCGUGGAAUUGAUGACAGCCUCGAUGAAAUUCCUGAUGGGGAAAUGCCUCAAGUUGACCACUUGGUGUUCAUGGUGCAUGGCAUUGGACCGGUGUGUGACUUGCGCUUUAGAAGCAUUAUUGAGUGUGUGGAUGAUUUUAGGGUGGUUUCUCUCAAGUUGCUGCAGACACACUUCAAGAAGUCUGUAGACGAUGGGAAAGUGAGCAGAGUGGAGUUCCUUCCAGUUCACUGGCAUAGUGCCCUGGGUGGGCACGCCACAGGUGUUGACAGGAAUAUCAAGAAAAUCACUUUGCCAAGUAUUGGUCGGUUUCGGCACUUUACUAAUGAGACUCUGCUAGAUGUUCUGUUUUACAACAGCCCUACCUACUGCCAGUCAAUCGUGGAGAAGGUGGGAGUGGAGAUAAACCGGCUGCACUCGCUCUUUUUGAGUCGCAACCCAAACUUCAAAGGAAAGGUCUCCGUUGCUGGUCACAGUUUAGGUUCUUUGAUACUGUUUGACAUCUUGUCUAAUCAAAAAGAUAUGAGUGUCUCUAAGUCUCCGGGGUCUAUGGCUGUUUCUAAUGGAGUUAUGAAACAACCAAAUUUUCAGGAAAAGCAGAUACCCGAAGAGUCAAAGCUGCUGUCAGAUGAAUCAUGUGACCUUGAUGUUGAAAAUGAAGAACCCCUAACUUUGCAUGGAACCCUGGAAGCACUCAGCCUCUUUGAUUAUAUUAGCACUUUUGAAAAGGAAAAGAUUGAUAUGGAAUCUCUGCUUAUGUGUACAGUUGAUGACCUGAAGGAGAUGGGGAUACCCCUUGGGCCCAGGAAGAAGAUAGCCAAUUUCGUAAAACUCAAAGCAGCCAAACUGGAGCAGAAAAAAGCAGCAUCAGAAAAGAAGGCAGUGCUGGCCGCCGUGACAAAAGGCCAGGAUGAGAGUGCCCUGAAGACUAAGGAGAUGGCGUCUCCAUCUUCAGAGUCAGAUGAGUCAAAGAGGAAGCUUUCAGUGGGGGCUUCUGUGUCUUCUGUGCGAGUUGAUUAUGAGUCUUUUGAAGUUGGCACAGGACAGGUUUCUGUCACUUACAACUCUUUAGACUUUGAACCGGAGAUUUUCUUUGCCUUGGGCUCUCCAAUCGGCAUGUUUCUCACUAUCCGAGGUGUGGACAGGAUUGAUGAGAACUACCGCCUCCCUACCUGCAAAGGCUUCUUCAAUAUUUACCAUCCGCUUGAUCCAGUGGCAUACAGAUUAGAACCCAUGGUCGUUCCGGAUUUGGACUUAAAAGCUGUUCUCAUUCCACAUCAUAAAGGCAGAAAGAGACUUCACUUAGAGUUGAAAGAAAGCCUUUCUCGAAUGGGAUCCGAUUUGAAGCAGGGCUUUAUCAGCUCUCUGAAAAGUGCGUGGCAGACACUCAAUGAAUUUGCACGUGCUCACACCUCUUCAACUCAAUUGCAAGAAGAAUUGGAAAAGGUGGCCAAUCAAAUCAAAGAGGAAGAAGAAAAGCAGGUAGUCGAAGCAGAAAAGAUUGUUGAAAGUCCAGAACUUUCCAAGGAUGAGGACUACCUAGGAAAGGUUGGAAUGUUAAAUGGAGGCCGCCGGAUCGAUUAUGUUCUUCAGGAAAAGCCAAUCGAGAGUUUUAAUGAAUAUCUUUUCGCUCUUCAGAGUCACUUAUGCUACUGGGAAUCUGAAGAUACUGCCCUCUUGUUACUUAAAGAAAUUUAUCGAACAAUGAACAUUAGUCCGGAGCAGCCCCAGCAUUGAGCAGACUUGCAUUUUACUGGGAAGUUCCAGUAUGAGUGCCAUGGCUGAGAGGCUCCGUGGCCGACCCCUCUUUGCUCCUGUGAUGAUGACAGAAAAGUGACUCAGCAACAGUUGCUAACAUAGGCUUCUCAGAUGUAGGAAUUCAUUGCACAGAAUGGAAAGAAAGAUACCGGAAAAAAAUCAGUACCGCAUUUGGACAGUAUAGAUGAAAAACUGCAACCAUAAAAUGACGCUGUGGAAAAUUCUCAAAUCUGUUUAGUUGUGUAGUUACCAAAAUUAAGUAUGUCCUAAUGAAGAGAUAUUUGUAGCAUGCAAACAGUUAUUUCUAUUUCUUGAAACUAUUGUCAAUGGGCUAUUAAACUUAUAUUUUUUCUUUGUAUUAAUGCAAUAUGUUAUUUUUAUUUAAAUAUGGACUUCUUAAGAAACUAUAGUAACAUGAUUUUUAAGAAACUUAUGCUAGGUUGGGCGUGGUGGUUCAUGCCUUUAAUCCUAGCACUUGAGAGGCAGAAGCAGGUGGAUCUCUGUGGUCUACAUAGCAAGUUCCAGGACAGCCAGGACUACAUAGAGAGACCCUUCACAACAAAAAAAGGAAAAGAAAAGAAACUUAUGCUGUGCUUUAAAUGUGAAUUGCUCUGAGCUGCUGAUGCAGAGUUGUUUCUGCUUGUGACAAGGCAGUAGCCAAGGUCUCCUCAGCCCAAGCUGACCUGAGUGUUUAUGAAGCCGAACGCCACCGCUGAGAGCCUAGUUGCAGGAUGUGAAGCACUCGGGAUGACCUGACCUCCCCUGGCUUGUCCACAUCCCCUGGGAGAUGCGCAGGUGGCAGGCACUCACUGUGAGCUGAGGUGUCUGUACCAGCACCCACGGCAGAGGUUCCAGUUAAUGCGAGAACCAGAGUGGAAGGUUUUGUUCUUCGGGGUAAUCGACUUGUACCAAAGGGUUUGAAAGGAUGGAUUCGCUGCUUCUAGGAUGUAGAGCUGCUUGGUGAAGACUGUUCUAUAACAUCAUUGUGUUUACUAUAAACUCUUUAUCUGAAUAUUUCCUAACAGACACUGGGAAUGCUGAGUUCCUUCUUUUGUUACAUAGCAGAAACAUUUUAUGUCAUACAUAGUUCUCAUGGAACAUGUAAUUUUUUUGAAAGCAACAUAUAAUACACAUUUUUGUGUAUGUAUUCUAAUUGGUGUGAAUAAAACAGUAACAUCGAUGCUCUUUUUCAAGCUGCAAA